AUGGAGCGCAAAAUGGGAACGCAUUCGGCGUUUGCCUCGUCUACAGUGGCGACGAAAAAUGCAGCGCAAAACCCGGUCUCCAACAGAGGCGACGCAAAAUCCUCCGGCGAGCUGCCGCCGGCGCCCCUUCCCUCUCCUCAAGAUGCGGCCGGCCCGCUCGAGCUCCGGCAGCCUCCAUCUCCCUCCCCGACGGCUCCCUCCCCCGGUGCUCCUGCGUGGAGGCCGCGCGGGCCACGGCGACGGUGGCCGGAUCCGCGCGGGGCGCGGCGACUCCUCCCUUCCGGCCGCCUCCAUUCGUCGGUCCGCCGCUCGCCACACGCCGCCGCUCGCCUCGCGCUGCGCCAUCCCCCUCCCCCAUCCCCACCGCCGUCUCCACCGCCGACGUCGCCGGUGCCGACGCCAACCCCACCGCGGCGCGCGCCUUCGUCUCCCGCCUCCUCGACUCCUCCAGGCGCGCACUCUCCGGCGCCCGCCCCUGGUCGGAGCUCGCCGACCGCUCCGCGCUCUCCCGCCCGGACACCAUCUCCGAGCACAACGCUGGGGACGCUGAUGGGCGUGUCGGCGUUCGGCGGCGCGCAGGCGCAGCAGCGCCGCGCGGCAAGGGCGCCGGCGGAGGGCGAUGAGGGCGCGAGAGGGGCGCAGCGCGUGCCACGCGAGGAGGAGGAAGAGAGGCGCCGCGGCGCGGUGUGGCGGAGGAGGAGGCGGCGACGGCAGCGGCGCGGCCGCAGCCUGGGCGGGAGCUGGUGGCGGGACCAUGGCGACAUGGGGCGGCAGAUCGCGGGGGCCGACUUCCUCUGCGACGGCGCCGGCGCCUCGGGGCGUGAGGCUGCGGCGGCGGCGGCGGCCACCGCGCUAUUCGAGGACGGCAGGGUGCGGCCGCCGCGGCUAGGGCUGGAAAAAUAG